ACUUUUGUGUCUAUUUUUGCAUGGCAGGUCACAGUAAUGAAAGGCAGUAAUCGGAAUAAGGAUCAUUCAACAGAAGGAGAGGGAACUGGGAAACGACCAAAGAGAAAGUGUCUUCAGUGGCAUCCACUACUUGCAAAGAAAAUCCUUGACUUUUCUGAAGAGGAGGAGGAAGAAGAGGAAGAAGAAGAUAUCGAUAAGGUCCAACUUCUUGGAGCUGAAGGUCUAGAGCACGAUGCUGAUGAAACAGAAGAUGAUGAAUCCUCAGAGCAGCGAGCCCGCAGGCCAAUGAACGCAUUUCUUUUAUUUUGCAAACGUCAUCGCUCCCUUGUGCGGCAGGAACACCCCCGUCUGGACAAUCGUGGUGCUACCAAGAUAUUGGCAGAUUGGUGGGCUGUUCUAGACCCGAAAGAAAAGCAGAAAUACACUGACAUGGCCAAGGAGUACAAAGAUGCAUUUAUGAAGGCAAAUCCUGGCUACAAGUGGUGCCCUACAACAAACAAACCUGUGAAAACCCAGUCAUCCACUGUUACAAACAGAAAAAAGCUAUGGGCCUUCCCACCAGAAUCUGCAAAAGAUUUACCAAGCCCCAAGAAAGUGGCAAAGAAUGAAGAAAUGCCUCAGCUGAACUUUGGAAUGGCAGAUCCUACGCAGAUGGGAGGCCUGAGUAUGCUGCUUUUAGCAGGGGAACAUGCUCUGACUGCACAAGAAGUUUCCUCAAGUACUUGCCAGUCUGAUGCAUCUAAUUCUACUGAAGCAUGUCAGAAGUCACCAUUGUUCCAGUUUGCAGAGCUCUCUUCAAGCCCAUCACAACCUGAUGCCCCGGCGGCUGCAAAACAAACAGAGGAGUCAGCACUGUUUCAGUUUGCGGAGAUCUCAUCAAAUACUUCACAGCUGGGGAGUCCUGAGCCUGUAAAGCAUUGUGGGAAGUCAGCACUCUUCCAGCUGGCAGAGGUAAGGUUCCUGUUACCAUCACGAUGUGAAUAUGUGUGCAGAUUUUUCCCAAAACGCAUGGGCUACACAAGUUAGUCUAGCACCAAACUUACCGUUAGC